AUGGUUGGCAACAAGGGAAGAGUUGAAGGGUGUAUUGCUGAAGAAUUUAAAUAUAAAGAGAUAUCAGCCUUCACGAGUGUAUACUUUGCAGAAGAACACAAUGUAAAUGCACCUACAUUAAGGUAUAAUGUUGAUCAAGCUGGUCCAUGCAGUAAACUCAAAAUUUUGUCAUUCGAGGGAAAGACAGUUGGAGCAUCAACUGAAUAUCACAUUGGACGUGAAGAAAAGUUGGAUGCAUUACUCUACAUGUAUGAAAACAUGGAAGAGAUGACUCCAUACUUCAAGAUGGCGGCUCGAAAGUUGAAGAAUUUUGUGAAGGGCAUGACGAAGGGCUCUUCUUCUUCUUCAGGAAGAAGCAAAGCACAGGAGUGUCUGUUCCAGGGUACCGAGUCGCUCUCGAGCAACAGACGACAGGCUUUGAUGGAACAUCUUCCACCUGAUAUGCAUGGACAGGAUGUUAACGAGACUCGAGAGGAGGAGGCGAGGGGUGAGGAUGCGGCUGAUUACGAUGCGGCCGAUGCAGACUAUGAGCAGGAAGAUGAUGCUGGAGGUGGAGGUGGAGAUGGGUGGUCUUCCGGUGGUGGUCAGUUUGAGGGUGGAUGGUCAGCAGGCGGAUGGGACUCAUGGCCUAGCAGUGAUGCUGGAGCUUCUAGUGGUGGAGGGUCUUCUCGGGCACGGAAGUCGAGGAAAACACAUUGGGUGCCUCCUCCUAAAGUUCCUGCUCGUGAGGAGGAUAAGAUUUUGAUCGUCUUGGAUUGA